CUUCUCGUAACAAACGACGCCGGGGGCUCAUAUUCGCCGGAAACACUCCUCGAUUGGAUCGGCAUUCCGGCAGGCCUAGAGUUCCGGCGAGCGGCCGGGUUCUACUCUCCCUCUCCAUCUUUGUGGGGGGCCUUGGAAUGUCGUCGGAGGACGUGGCCGGAAAGAGGACGAGCGAGACGGCGGUGUCGACGAUUGUGAACCUGGCGGAGGAGGCGAAGCUCGCUAGCGAAGGAGUCAAGGCGCCUAGCCAGGCCGCGCUCCUUAGCAUCGCUAAGUCACUCGUCGCCGGAGGAGUCGCCGGAGGAGUGUCAAGAACUGCUGUUGCUCCGUUGGAAAGACUGAAAAUUUUGCUCCAGGUUCAAAAUCCUCAUAGUAUCAAGUACAAUGGGACAGUUCAGGGGUUGAAGUAUAUAUGGAGAACUGAGGGUUUCAGAGGCUUGUUUAAAGGCAAUGGAACUAACUGUGCUCGCAUAGUCCCAAAUUCAGCAGUCAAGUUCUUCAGCUAUGAGGAAGCAUCCAAGGGUAUCCUAUGGUUUUAUCGACAGCAAACUGGAAAUGAAAAUGCCCAACUCACUCCUUUUCUGCGUCUUGGUGCUGGUGCAUGUGCUGGAAUUAUUGCAAUGUCAUCAACUUACCCGAUGGACUUGGUACGAGGGCGUCUGACUGUCCAGACAGAAAACUCUCCCCGGCAUUAUAGGGGAAUAUUUCAUGCUCUUUCAACUGUCUUUCGGGAAGAGGGACCUAGGGCUCUGUACAAAGGCUGGUUACCUUCUGUCAUCGGAGUUAUACCAUAUGUUGGUCUCAAUUUUGCUGUUUAUGAAUCUCUGAAAGAUUGGUUAAUCAAAACUAGACCUUUUGGACUAGUUCAGGAUUCUGAAUUAAGUAUAACUACAAGGCUUGCAUGUGGGGCUGCAGCUGGGACUGUUGGCCAGACGAUUGCUUACCCUCUUGAUGUUGUUCGGCGAAGAAUGCAGAUGGUAGGCUGGAAGAAUGCGGCUUCAGUUGUCACUGGGGAUGGGAAGAGCAAGGCAGCCCUUGAAUAUUCUGGUAUGGUUGAUACAUUUAGGAAAACAGUUCGUCAUGAGGGGUUUGGAGCACUGUACAAGGGUUUAGUCCCCAAUUCUGUUAAGGUGGUGCCUUCCAUAGCAAUUGCCUUUGUCACAUAUGAGGCAGUGAAGGAUGUUCUUGGAGUCGAGAUGAGGAUAUCUGACUAAAGGCAAUGAAAACUUUGACCUACAUGCUUAACUCUAAUUUCAGAAAUGAAAGGAAUGAUCUGGUAGGAGAAGGUAAGGUGUUGGAAUUAUUAGGUCUCUAAGUAGCAAGAAGAUUAGGAACACAGUUGUAGCUUAUGUUGAUAUCCCUUUCCCAUUCAUACACAUCUUUCUUUUUCUAAAUACCUAUAGUUUUAGCUUUCAAAUCUUUCUUAAUUUUGUCUUCUUGCCCCACAAAGGUUAUAUAUAGCUCUCUUGUGGGGCAAGGAUUACAGUCAUUGUCACAGAGAAAAGAUGAUGAAUAUGAUCGACUAUUUUUCUUGUGUUUGGGAUGUUAUGUCUACUGUUUGAAAUUACAAUAGCUGAAAUCAUAUUUAAUAAAAUUAUAUGAACAUAGUGAGGUUUUAAUAUAUG